AUGAGGAAAACCCACCUACAACUUGAAAGUCCGACCCCCAGAUCAACUCAUCGGACUGUGAAGAGACCGUUGUACGAGGGAAGCACGCAGUACAAGAGCUGGAGAUAUUCCCCAGAACAACUGGAACAAGUUCGCACUUCCCUCAAUGCUGCUGCAGUAGCGGCCAUACGGAACACUUUUGAGGCAGAUGAGCCUGGAUCGUCCGAGGAUGUGUUGUUCCUCAAUGCAAAUGACGAGCAGCUCCUCGUGAAACUCUACAUCACCAAGAUCCCUCAGCUAUGUGGCCAUUUUCGUUUUCCUGAGGAAGUGGAGGCGACCGCCAUCAGUUACUUGAAGCGGUUCUAUCUUAAAAACACUGUGAUGGACUGGCAUCCAAAGAAUGUGAUGCUCACCGCACUGUUUCUUGCCACAAAGACCACCAACAACCCAAUUUCAUUGGAGUCUUACACUUCUAACAUCCCGAAAACGUCCAGCUCAGACGUUCUUGACCUCGAGUUCCUGGUAUCUCAGAGCUUGAAUUUCGAGUUUGCAGUUUGGCAUGCCCAUCGCGCUCUCUGGGGCAUUUGGCUCGACCUUCAGAGUCUGCCCGACGUACCCGAGGACCUUCGACCACAGGAUGUCUAUGAUAUCGCCAUCAAACACGUCCGGGCCUCCCGCUUUACCGACGCGGAACUCAUCUACACCCCCUCACAAAUUGCCCUCGCUAGUCUGGCUCUCGCCUCGCCAGUUCUCGCAGAAAGAUGGGCUGACUCGAAAGUGGUAGCUGGUGCUGCGCAACCAUUUUCCGCAACCCUUGACCCUACUCUCGGAUUGAUCAAGUAUAUCAUCACGCAGAUGGGACAUCCUCCUGAUGUGGAGGCCGUUCCAAGGCCUAUCUUUCGCGGCAAGCAGCUUGAACAACAACGAGCGGAAGAGAAACGCAAUAAAAAAGCGGAAGACGUCAGGAGAGCCGUCACUGAGGGUGGCAAUCCAUUCGGGAGCGAACUUAACGAAGAUGAAAAAGCAAAGCAGUUGGCUGAGCUCGAUGACGACGACGAUUAG